CACGGCACAAUCAAUUGUUUUAACUAUUAUGAGUAGCUCAUGGUUGCUUUAUGUUUUUAUUAUCUGUGUUCUUGUAGGCAAGUUGUGUAUGGUAUUAUCCACGUUAACCUUCGUGUUACGUUUUCAUUCCAUCAGUACAGAGUUAAAAUGUGUAUGUUGGUCAUUCGUGGGGUUGGACUGCUUGGAGAAUGUGUGAUGUUGGUAUUUGUGUCGAUGAAAAUGAUGGCAAUUGAAAUUUUGGUUGGAAGUAGAUCCUGCGGCUGAGGUUGGAUAGUCCGUUUAUCGAAAAUGUUUGUAUGUAGUAUGGCUACGCCUAUUAUACGAAUAAGUGUUUUAAGAAGUUUGUAUGGCCCACUUUGGAAGAAGAGUAUUAAUAAAAACCAUUCCUAUGUAUGGAGUAAGUGUUUGUCUCAACAGUUUAACAUCUGUGUUCUGUGUCGAUUCUUGCAUUUUUCUUCUAAAUGGUGCAAGAAGCGAAAGAGUCCAGAGGAGAAGAAAUCUCCUACAGCCAUACACUUUUCAUCUAAAACUAAAAGAAAACACACAGUUAUAGAUAUAUGGAAAUACAUGACAGUAGCUAAUCUGGCUAAUGCUAUGGGAAAAAGUGUUGAUCAUGUAUUUGAGGUUAUGAUGUAUGUGGACAAUACUGUGGAUUAUGACAAGUCAACUUCUGUUAUUGACAGUCUGCAAGUUAUUCAAGAGAUUGUGAAGAAGUCUGGCAUGAGAGCUCGGACAGUGUCUCCUCCAGACCUGAGUGAUCCUGAACGGAUAAAUAAAGAUGCAACAAAGUGGCCACCACCUGAUCCAUCAGUUCUUGUGAAACGCCCCCCAGUAGUAACUGUCAUGGGGCAUGUGGACCAUGGGAAAACAACCCUUUUAGACUCUCUUCGAAAUACGUCAGUUGUUAAAAGUGAAUUUGGAGGAAUCACACAGCAUAUUGGAGCGUUUUCAGUGAAACUACAAAGUGGGGAAACGGUCACCUUCUUAGAUACACCUGGUCAUGCAGCUUUCACUGCUAUGAGAGCUCGUGGGGCAAAGGUCACUGACUUGGUCGUACUGGUUGUAGCUGCUGACGAUGGAGUCAUGGAACAAACUGUGGAGUCUAUCAGGAUGGCAAAGGCGGAAGCAGUUCCUAUCAUUAUUGCUAUAAACAAGAUCGACAAGCAAGAAGCAGACAUUGAGCAUACAAAAGAUAUGCUGUUGCCACACGGUAUCCAAGUGGAAGAUAGAGGAGGUGAUGUUCAAGCAAUUCCAAUAUCAGCUCUUAAUGGAACUAACCUUGAUACACUGACAGAGGCAAUCGUGCUGCAAGCAGAAUUGAUGAACCUCAAGGGUGAUCCAAGGGGCAGGGUAGAAGGAGUUGUUGUUGAGUCCAGGACAGAUCUACAUAGAGGGAAACUUUCUACGGCUAUUGUUCAGAGAGGUAUGCUACAGAAGGGAACUGUUCUUGUAGCUGGACUGGCUUGGGCUAAAGUACGUGCAAUGUUUAAUGAUCGGGGCCAACCCAUCCAGCAGGCACCACCAUCCACACCAGUUGAGGUGUUAGGCUGGAGGGAACUUCCGUCAGCAGGAGAUGAAAUCAUUGAAGUUGAAUCUGAGAAACGUGCCCAUGAAGUGAUGAAAUGGAGGCAGUCAGUGAAACUGACUGAAAAACAAGAAGCUGAGAGGGAAGCAGUUGAAUGUAAAAUUGAAGAACAUUUGAAGGUAUACAAAACACAGUUGGAAACAAGAAGAAGAUUAGGAAGGUACAAACUGCGGCCAACUGGGCCUCGAGAAAAAGAAAUUAAAGAUGACAUAGGACCAAGAGUCAGUGUUAUUGUAAAAGGGGAUGUUGAUGGAUCUGUUGAAGCAAUUCUUGAUGUCUUAGAAACAUACGAUGGUGACAGUGUUUGCAAAUUGGAUGUAGUACAUUAUGGGGUUGGUAAUGUUUCAGAGACAGAUGUGGAAUUAGCAACUGCAUUUAAAGCAAUAAUUUACUGUUUCAAUGUUAAUACUCCAGAUAAAAUCACAGAACUGGCAAAGUCAAAUAAAAUAUCAAUCCGUUCACACAAUAUAAUUUAUAAAAUGGUAGAUGAUCUCAAGAAAGAAAUCAAUUCUCAGUUACCACUCAUGGAUGUGGAGGAAGAACUGGGUGAAGCAAAUGUCCUUCAAGAUUUUGAAGUCACAGAAGGAAAAAGGAAAGUGCAUGUCGCUGGUUGCAGAUGUACAAAAGGAAUUCUUAAGAAAACGGGAAGAUACCGACUACAGAGAGGACAGGAAACUGUAUAUGAUGGACUGUUGGCUUCCAUGCGCCACCUUAAAAAUGAAGUAGACAGCAUCAAGAAGGAUGUUGAAUGUGGUCUCCGGCUGGCAGAUGGUACCAUCAAUUUCAGAGCUGGAGAUACAUUAGUCUGUUAUGAGAUAAGAAAGGAACAACAAGAGACUAAAUGGGAUCCAGGAUUUUGAAAGGUGAACGGUGAACUUCAUGCCACAGCUGCUUUACACUUGAUAAUAGAACCCUGGUAUCCAGUGGAUUGGAAGUUGGAUGGGCCUCAGAUCCAGUCUGGACAUUGUGAUGAAGAGAAAAAUCCUUCCCUGUACAAAUGUAUGUCUAGAUACAGAAUCUGGCAUAAAACUUGUCCAUAUUUUGGACUGUCUGUCAAUCAUGACAAGUAGCUUGCUACUCUGUUGAGAUUUGACCACUCCAGAAUGGAUACUUCCAGUACAGCUUUUCAUUCAGUGUUCAUUUUACUCCUUUUAUACAUUAGUCUACAUACAUUUAUUUUGAACAUCAAGAGCAUAUUUUGAAGGUGAAGGAGUAAUAAAUGCAAAUGAUAUUCAAGGAAAACAUUUUAAUGCAACUCUUGAUUUAACCCGUUUCAUAAUACACAUUCCAAAUAAGUUUUACUUAAGUUUGUAUAAAUUUCAUGUCAAACAUUUGACAAAUAAAACCAAACAAAAGAAAAAUUCAGAUCCCAAAACAAUAUCAAAUGUGAAAUGUAAAAAUAAAACAAAUUUCUUGUCUCAA